UUUAGCAUUUAUCAAUUUAUCUUCUAUCUAAUUUUUCCAUCCCACAUGACUGUUGAGGAUAAAAGCAUUUUUGAAAAUGGGAAGGAAAAUUCUGAGACAAAAUUGUCCAAAAAAGCAUUAAAAAAAUUGCAAAAAGAUGAAAUUAAAACUAAAAGAAAGCAAGACAUGGCCUCACAAAAUGGUCAAAAUAAGGAUGAAAAUUCUAAUUGCUUAAAUGAAAAUGAAGAAGAAAAGGAUAUUGCAAUGGGUAAUUAUGGACAAUCAGACCCAACUCUUCUCUGUUUAUAUGGAAAGGAAAUCAUCCCAUUAUCCAAUGUCAAUGAAGGAAUGGAUGGACAAAUGGUAUGGAUCAGAGCUAGAUGGCAAAAUUCUAGAUCUAAAGGUAAACAAUGUUUCGCUAUACUGAGACAGCAGGAACACACAAUUCAAUGCGUUAUAGCUGUUAAUGAGGUUAACAUUAGCAAGAGAAUGGUCAAGUAUUUGUCCAACUUGCCGAAGGAGAGUAUAGUCGACGUGUGGGGUAAAAUAAGCUCCCUCCCGGUCGAUAUACCACGGAUCGAGAGCUGCACCUUCAAUUCCCUAGAAUUGCAUGCCGUCAAAGUUUAUACAUUGAGUUUGACCCGGGUCAACCAACUGCCUUUACUCGUAGAAGACGCGAGUCGCACCCUUGCACCUAUUCUGGAACCUGAUAGCACUUCCGAAUCCGAAGAGGAAAACGCGCUUAAAGAAGACGAUAAAGAUAAGCCUAAAGCACCGGUAGUUAACCAGGACACCAGGCUUGAUAAUAGAGUAAUCGAUCUGAGAACCCCCGCUAAUCAAGCUAUAUUCAGGAUUCAAGCUGGAAUAGUCUCUUUAUUUAGGUCCUUUUUAGAGAGUCGCGAUUUUAUAGAAAUUCACACGCCCAAGAUUAUUUCUGCUGCUAGUGAAGGUGGAGCCAAUGUAUUUACCGUUCAAUAUUUCAAGGAAAAGGCUUAUUUGGCACAAUCCCCUCAGCUAUAUAAGCAAAUGGCGUUGUGCGGAGAUUUCGAUAGAGUCUACACGAUAGGAUCUGUUUUCCGAGCCGAAGACUCUAACACUCAUAGACACCUGACGGAAUUCAUUGGACUCGAUCUGGAGAUGACCAUCAAAUGCCAUUAUAGGGAAAUUGUCGAGCUUAUAGGUCAAAUGUUUGUGUACAUUUUCAAGAACUUACAUAACAAGUACCAAAAGGAGAUAAAUAUAGUAUCUCAGCAAUACCCGUGUCAGCCUUUCGUUUUCUUGGAGCCUAGCCUGCAUUUAGAUUACACGGAGGCCCUAGAAAUAUUGAGAGACCACGGGGUAGCCAUCGGAGACGAAGAUGAUUUUUCGACUCCACAGGAAAAAUUGUUGGGAAAAUUGAUCAAAAAUAUUUAUAGUACCGAUUUUUUUAUGCUCGACAAAUUUCCCUUGGCCGUUCGACCUUUCUACACUAUGCCCGACCAAACAAGUUCCAAUGUGAAAUAUUCCAACAGUUACGAUAUGUACAUGAGAGGCGAAGAAGUAAUUUCAGGAGCCCAGAGAAUUCACGACAUCGAACUUUUGAUCGAAAGGGCCAAAUUUCAUAACAUCGAUUUGGUCAAAAUUCAAAGUUAUAUCGACGCCUUCAAGUACGGUAUAGGACCCCACGGAGGAGGUGGAAUAGGUCUGGAAAGGGUCACUAUGCUAUUUUUGGGCUUGGACAAUAUUAGAAAGACAUCCAUGUUUCCUAGAGAUCCUAAAAGAUUAACCCCAUAAAGGAUAUUUUUUUAUAUUAUAUAUAUAUAUAAUAUUGUAUACAAUUAUAAUAGCAAAUGGAGUAAAUAUUAUAACAUUUUUUUAUAGUAUAAUUCUUCAAGUUAUAACAUAAUUUUUUUAAAUUUUAAUAUGAUCGAUAAUGUCAUACCAAAUAUCUUACAUUAUACGAGUUUGUCUUACAUAUUAAAGUAUUAAUUUA